AUGGGAAAGUUGCUGUCGAAAAUAUUUGGAAAACGAGAAAUGCGAAUAUUGAUGCUAGGUCUAGAUGCUGCUGGUAAAACAACUAUAUUAUAUAAACUAAAGUUGGGUCAGUCAGUCACUACGAUUCCAACCGUUGGUUUCAAUGUAGAAACAGUUACUUACAAAAACAUCAAAUUCAAUGUGUGGGAUGUUGGCGGACAAGAUAAAAUACGACCUCUGUGGAGGCAUUAUUAUACAGGUACGCAAGCAUUAAUAUUCGUGAUCGAUGCUGCUGAUCGGGAAAGAGUUGAUGAAGCUAGACAAGAAUUGCAUCGAAUCAUAAACGAUCGCGAAAUGAGAGAUGCGAUCAUACUUGUUUUUGCCAACAAACAAGACCUCUCUGAAGCAAUGAAACCUCAUGAAAUACAGGAUAAAUUAGGAUUGACACGAAUUAGAGAUCGAAACUGGUACGUGCAACCAUCUUGUGCUACGACAGGUGAUGGACUUUAUGAGGGCUUGACAUGGUUAUCAUCAAAUUGUAAGCCUUAG